UAUCAAGACUUAAGGGGAUCAAACCGGCCCGGAAAAGCUUUUUUUAAUAAUUAAUUACAAAACUGAGAAUUAAGAGCGAGUAGCAAGAAGCAGAUUUUUUCCUGUGUGCUGCCUUAUUUUUUUCCAGGAAAAUGCUACGGUCUGUCACUCUGAUUUACACAUGCUGGUGUUCCUGCUGUGGGUCGUUACUGUGGUACCUGUUCAGGCAGGCAUGCCUGGGGGAUUUCAGGAUGCCCCCCAUCCUGACAUGCUAGUCCACAAGGAAAAUUCUGGGAGUUGAGGGACAUAGGCUUCUGUCUUCUAUUGUUCCGAAGUCCGAUCGUCCGCUGCAGAAAAGGAGAAUUUACAUGUGCGCUCCUGAAACAGCUGCAGUCAUGAACUGGAGAAUUGCAUCAUCCGUGUUCUUCUGGGAAUUUCCCUUCUCGCUCUUUAAGGGAUGUGUCCCACGUUUCAGCGGAUCCCCGCUGUGGCUGAUCAGAAGGAGAAGACCCACACCCGCCACUCUGGUGGUGUCCAGUGAUCAGUCCUCUCCAGAAAUCGAUGAAGACAGAAUCCCCAACCAGCUCUACAAGGCCGCCUUGAUGAACUCUCCCCGGCAGCGGCGGAAGGGCGCUCGCGGCACCCCCACCAUGAAAGAGCUGCAGUUCCUGGUGGAGCAUCAUCUAUACCGCCAGCAGCAGCAGCAGGGGGGCGGGGGGGACGAGUGUUCCUCCGAGAGCUGCCUGUCGGACCGUCCCAGCCCGGACUGCGGCCAGGGCAGCGCGGAGCUCCCCGAGGACGAGGCGGGCUGGGACGCAGAGGACAAGAUCAGCCCGGAGGGCUUCGAAAAACUGCGCAGGCAGAUGGAAGUGAUACACAGCCAAUCAGAGGCCAGCGGGGGGGAGGAGCUCCCAUCAUGCAAGUCUCAAGAGGAGGAAGGAAGUACUUCUAGCGUCGCCAUGGGAUCACAACAGACAGAAGCAGGAGGAGCCAAAACGGACUCCACAGUGUCCCCAGCGGACGAGAGAAAGAACGGCAAGCACGACAAAGAGAAAUAAACUGCCUCCUUGCUCCAGACUGCCCUACAGCAAACAGAAGGAAAAGGAAACGGAUGUUCUACAGACUCGCAUUCCACAAACGUCUCCAGUGUCUCGCCUCUUCCCCCACCCUCCCUAACACCUGUGGCUGGAGUGAAGCAACCAGGUGAUUUAGAGGCACCUCCGCGAACUGUAGCCAACAAGGUGUUUUUUUCAGAGUUUUGAAAUGUUUUCGAGAGUACCUAUGGCAUUAACGUUAAACAAACAAAACCAAGCCUACGGGAAGUUCUUUAAAUUCCCCACGAGUUCAAGCUUUUUUGAACAGCCGCUAGAUCUGAUUGCCGUUGCAAAGCAAUGAGGAAAAUGGCCAAUCUAGACCUAUGUAGGGUCUUCAGUCAUAGAGGUGUUUCCAUGUUUGCCUUCACAGUGGGAGGGAAAUGUGGGGCUGGUUGGGGGCGUUGUGCCCACUCUAAACAUCACAUGUUGACGAGAUAAGGGAAAUAACAGAAAGCAACCCACAAAGACCCAUGGGAUCAGGAAGCAUGAGGUAUUAGAACUGAACACCAGCAGAUGGUGUUGGAUGUACUGUACAAAGCCACUAGCAAAGGCAAACCUGGGAACCCACAUUGAACCUGCUUAGUUCAUUUUACCUUGCAUAACCGAGUCUGUAUUAAGAAAAUUCCUGGGAAGUGAACUAUUUGUGAAUAUUGUGUUGUCUUUUCUACCUUCUAUUUAUGUCCAGCCCCUGUGGUCCCGUUUAGAGCAAUAAUCCUCAUAUAUAUUUGUAUAAAAACAUCUACAGUAUAUGCAGAUUAACUGCUGUGUAACAGCAGGAAAAGUGCAUUAAAUAGAGACAGAUGAUUGCAAAGCAGAAAUGCACAAUCAAUAAUGUGCAUUUUGACUGUGCAGUCUUGUGAAUAUAUUGAAUCCCACUUUCAAAUGAACACAGGAUGAUGGUGAAAAAUCGCAGAUUGCUGAGCCACAUGUCGGUAGGGGCCAGUGUGUUGAAAUGGCUUUGUAAUGUGCCAUCUCUUCCCUUAACGUAUCCAGGGCCUAUCAUCAUUCUGCUGGAAGAGGUCAAAGGGCACACAGUCGGCACAUGUGGCAGCCCCUGUAAUGAAAUACAGUGCGAGAGAGGAUAUAAAAGUGAAAUGGAUUUAAACCUUUUUAGGUAAAAGCUUAAUUGCUGGAAUGUCAAAUCUAUAAAGAAUAAUUUCAGGAGAAUUAAAAAAGGAAAUAGUAGUGACAUGCAAGAAUAAAAUGCAGUAAUUAAAAAAAAACUGUCACUUGUUUUCUAAGGGCAGACUUGCAACAUACUGAACACUGCCAUGGUGUUGUCUGCUUAAAUCAGAAGCCAGUCUUCCUUUGAAAGUGGGCAUCUAUUUUCUCAACGAGAAACCAUGUAGAUUUCGUAGGUAAUUCUUCUCACUUUGGCAUUACUGAUUGCCGGCAGGAGUCUGAAACCUGCAGCUCCGCUGUAGGUCCCCUCAGACACUGGCAAGAUGUAAUUGGGAACAGGGUGUUUUUGUUCCAUUUAUAAUAACUGACUUUCUACUGUAAUGCCUGUCCUUAUUUGUAAGUUCCUCUGCCAGUAGAAUCUAAAAGAUUGAAUUUGUUAAAGAAAGCAGGAAGAAAAUAACCCCCCUCCUAUUACGCCACUGUUUUAAAAACCUUUGCUUGGCUGCAUUAAUUUUACACCCACCUAAAAUUGCAUUUAAUUAAACAUAAACAACAGCAUCAAACGUCUGUUCCCUUUAACUAUUUAAAGAGGUUCAGCACAUUUUCUUUCUGAAAAUGUUUCGGAGCUUAAAGCUGGAUUCCACCAAAUCUCAAAACCCAAACCAUUUUCCUCUAAAUAUUGGGACCGACUCACAGAUGUUAAGGAAUGUUUUCCAGUGCUCGCUUGUGUUUCCUGGCUCACAAUUAGCUAUGGUGUACAGUGUACAGUGGUGUACUGCUCUGAACGUAGUGCAGAAAUGUGUGAUGAUAAUGUUUGUCCUUUAGCUGACUUUAUUUUUUAAUCAGAGCAAACGAUAGGACAUUGGUUUUACAUCUCACUGGAAGAGCAGAGCAGGUCACAGGAAAGUGAGGCUGAGUAGUUCGCAAAGGGGUUCUGCACUCUAAGUCUGUUUCAGAGCCGGGGCCUGAAUCAUGAACCUUCUGGUGAAGAGCCACUCUUCUGAAACCACAAGGAUCGCCUUGCUUGCAUGCAGGCCAUAGCUCAUUAAGAGAGGCCCUCUGGACCUGCUGUUCUCUGUUGAAUAAAAAAAAAGGCAAAUCUAUACAGUGAUGAAACUGCCAUGGCACACAGACUUCACCAAGAUAAAAAAUGCCUUAAAUGUGUCAGUGACUUGUGUGCUCUGUCAGUUCCUCGUUGUGUAUGUACAAUCUGAGAGGAAAAAAGGCGUUUACUUCACAGCACAUGUUUCUGGGUUCCUUAUAUGCUGCAUAUAAAAACCAGCCCAAUGUGUAUAAAAGGUACAAUACACAAAGGGUUGUAGGGGUCUUGAACAAACCUCCCAGCCAUGUUGCUGAAGCAGGUCCCCUGGGGUCCUUCAAGAAAAGCAUGGAUGGAAUUCUUGGAUCAGUAAAUUGCCAGAGUAAAAAUGCUAAAACAAUCUUCUUUUGGUCGUAACUGGUUUUAUGUUCAAAUUGCAUUGAUGUCAUGUAUCUGGGGUCAAAUUAAAUCCAGACCCGUAUCUAUUAGCCAAAUGCAAAAUUACAAGCUCAGUUUGGGGUAAUGCAAAGUUCCUCUGCCUGGUAAGUUAAAUAUUUGAUGAAAUCUGGUUUGGACGCUGGUCAGUUUGUGAAUUGCCCUCGGUUCACCCUUCAGACACAUCUGACUAUCACAAUGACAUAUCAUGUAAUAAAAUCAAGAUUAAAAAUCUUGCGUGAGGAGUGGGGGGAUCAAUUAAAUCCAUAAACUGAUGUGGUCCAGGAAGUAGAAUCCAGUAUCAUUAGAACUUUCAGACAAAAAAGCAUUUUGUUGUGGUUUUCCUAACUUUCUCAGCAUUUACCGAAAAAACAUUAUCUUGUGGGGGUGUGUGAGAACUUGUGAGUGUGUUUUGACAAAGGGGCACAGUCUGUUGAGCUUCCCCGAUUGACAGCUUAAGUAUUCUGCAGGUCUGAUAGACAGCACCCAGGGACUCAGAUUGCCAGUCACGAACCAGAGGACACAGGUGGAAGCUAAGUGGAAGUGCACCUAGAACAGGAGAGACAACUUUAGGCAACGCAUUUUUGGAGUCUGGAUAAAGCAGCCCCAGCCGUAUUGUUCAAGCAGAUAUUAUGCCUUCAUUAAAUUCAACAACUGAAUAAUGAGCUCCUUUGAGCAACAGGCUACUAAUUGUUAAACAGGCAUGAAACUGGAAAGGUCUCCUUUUGUUUAUAAGCUUUCUUGUGAGUGGUCUCUAGUCUCAUUUUUACUUAGACUUCUUGCCAUAGCAAAUUGUGUUUUGCAGUGUCCAGGCUGCCUAGUCACCUUUUUUAAUUAUUGUGGUUUGUGUCAAGUCCUAACUGACCCAUUGAAUAUAGCCUGUGAUUAUAAAUACUGUAUAUCUGUGCACAGAAGGGAAAUGGAAUCAAAUGCUUAGGUUGAAAUCAGAAUAGCAGGCUGCCUUAAUGAGACUCCUUUAAUCUCAUUAGACUAAAUCUGACAUCUUCACAUUCUGCCUUCUUUGAGAGCUGAUUUGCUACGAAUACAUGCGGGACGAUUUCAGACUUGCUUCACUGCUUCUUCCAGACAACAUGUUGAGAUUUAAAAAAAAAUCAUAGACAGUCUUUGAGAGGAAAGUAGGGUUCCAAACCAGAGUUGAAAAGCCAGGGUUGUGGCAAAUGAAAAAAGGCAAUGCACAAGUCUGGGAAAUGAAUCAGGACAAGGAUCUGAUUUUACAUGCUGAUGGGACACAUUCCUGCUGCUGCUCAAACCAGAGACAGGGAGAUUGUUCAUCCUAUGAGUGGCAACCAGCACUUGUGUCUUGUCAGCUCUUUUGAGAUCAGGAGUUUAGAGCAUUCAUUUCAGAACUGGGAUUUUUUUUGUUCUAUUGCUUUCAGCAUGGGAGAUAUGCAUGCACGAUAUCACACAUUUGAGGUUUUAUGUUUUGUUUUUGUUAUAGGGCAGGGGGGACCCCUGUUUGUUGUGGCAGGCCUCACCUUUUGGGUGUCGCUUUGCUCUGAGUGAAAAGAAAAUAGCUGAUACCACUUCAGAAGAACAAGGGGGACCCUCUACUAGAAUAUAGUGAAGUAUACAUUUGUAUACAUUUCUGUAUAUGUAUUGCUAUAGAUGCUGUACAAUUGUAAGCCUACACAGCUGUAUAAAAAAGUGUUCUUUUAUGAUAAAGAUUAAUAGAAAAAUAUACAAACAUUAAUAUCUGU